CACUUUGUCCUCGUCAUCGUCCUAUCCUCUCCUCUCCCCUUCUUCGCUCCCCAACAGGCAACCCUAAUCCGUGGCCACGGACCCGUCGCAAGCUCCUUGCCGCGGAUAGAUUGGGGGCACGAGCGAGGCUGCGCGGGAAUUGGGCUGGGCGUGCUCGAGAUCUCAGCCUCCGCUCUCGAAGAAAUCUUUCUGUUGCCAUCGCGGAGGAGGUUAUGAGAUCUUGGGUGGUGCGCCCCGCUCGGUCCUAAGAUGCUGGCCGGCUACGGUGGCGGUGGCGUUGGCGUUGGCGUUGGCGUUGGCGUCCAUCUCUCCUCCCACAAGGACCUCCUGCUCGACCGUGGCGGCCGGAGCUUCCUCUUCGGCAACACCUGGUUCCUCCUCUCCAGCUACCCGGCGCGCCUCCUGCACACCGCAGACCGCGGUGCGCCUGCCACCUUCUUCGCUGCGAUCCACCGGGCCCCCUGCGUGCGCUCGCACUGCGCGGGGCAGGGCCUGCUGCAGAGGGGCGGCAUUGUCAUGGCUGCCUGUGGCUAUGCUUUUUGGCGUGCUGAGCUGGGUGCUACCAAGCGCCAACCAGAUAAGGAUCCAUCACUAGGGACACGCACUUCGCGAAUCGCGACCAUGGGAUCAGUUGGGAGUGCAGCGCGGCCAGAUGUCUCUUUUAGAUAUAGAGGGGUGGAGUGUUGUAAGAAGGUUGGUGCAAGCUUGAAGUGCCGUGAGCCGUGGGGGGACAGGGCAUUCUGGACCAAUGGGGUUGGGCCAGGUUGGAAGUUGAGCUCCGCAGUUGAGCCGUGGACUCAGUACUUCAGCACGUCAUGUGUGGCACCAUAUUCUGCUGGAGCAACAGAGCAUCAAUUGUCACUUGAUGAGAAGAUGGAUAACUCCACCGCAUCUGAUGGAAAGUCCCCUACUUCUGAAACACUGAAGUUACUCUCAGGUUCUUGUUACCUGCCUCACCCUGCUAAGGAGGCAACUGGUGGUGAAGAUGCUCAUUUUAUUUGUGUUGAUGAGCAUGUGAUUGGUGUAGCAGAUGGUGUUGGCGGUUGGGCAGAUCUUGGUGUUGAUGCUGGAUUAUAUGCCAAGGAGCUCAUGAGUAAUUCAAUGAGUGUUAUUAAGGAUGAAUCAGUAGGGGCUAUUGAUCCAUCUAGAGUUUUGGAGAAGGCUUAUAUGAGCACCAAAGCAAGGGGAUCAUCAACGGCAUGUAUCAUCACUCUUAAAGAGCAGGGUAUCCAUGCUGUAAAUCUUGGAGAUAGUGGCUUCGUAGUAGUCAGAGAUGGCCGCACUGUUCUCAGAUCACCUACACAGCAGCAUGAUUUCAAUUUUACUUAUCAGCUUGAGAGUGGAGGUGGCAGUGAUCUUCCUAGUUCCGCUCAGGUAUUUCAUUUUGCGGUUGCUCCUGGUGAUGUUAUUGUUGCUGGCACGGAUGGACUUUUUGACAAUUUGUACAACAAUGAGAUUAGUGGCGUUGUUGUUGAGGCUCUCAGGGUUGGACUUAGCCCUCAAGCGGCAGCACAGAAAAUUGCUGCCCUUGCUCGGCAAAGAGCAAUGGAUAAGAACAGGCAAUCACCAUUUGCCGCAGCUGCUCAAGAAGCUGGGUACCGGUACUACGGUGGGAAGCUUGAUGAUAUCACGGUCGUGGUGUCAUAUGUGAAGAGUGCCUCAGCCGCAUGAUGCAAGCCUUUCCUUUCGAUGAAUGUACAUAACCUUGUCCCAGACUUAUGGCGCGUGUAUGCACCGGGGCGUAGCUAUCUGGAGUGACUGAGGUAGCUUAUUCAGAGUGUGAAAUCCCCAGAUUCUAGAAGCACUUGUGCUGGAUUUCUCAAGGUUCCACUUUAGCUCAGAAAGAUGGUAACAAACCAUUACCAUUUUACUCAAUUACCGCGGCGAGAAAAAAGAUAAUCCUCUGAAACUAGGGUGGGUUUCGUUUCCUCUUGGAAGGAGGAUAACAACCCGCUGGAAACAAAUUUUGUUGUAAACAGUGUCGAAUGAUAGCUAUAGACGCAUUUAAUUGUU